AUGUUCAUUGUAUUGGAUAAAAUCUUUCUGAUACUGGCAGCAGUGGAAUUCAUAAUCGGAAUGUUCGGGAAUGUGUUCAUUGGACUGGUAAACUGCUCCGAAUGGAUCAAGAACCAAAAGAUUUCGUUAGCUGACUUCAUCCUUACGUGCUUGGCUAUCUCCAGAAUCACUCAGCUGUUGGUUUUAUUGUUUGAAUCAUUUAUGCUGGGACUACCUUCGUAUUUAUAUGGCACUUAUAAACUAGCAAAACCCAUUAGUUUGCUCUGGAGAAUGACUAAUCACUUGACUGCCUGGUUUGCUACCUGCCUAAGUGUUUUCUACCUCCUUAAGAUAGCUCACUUCUCCCACUCCCUUUUCCUCUGGCUGAAGUGGAGGAUGAACAGAGUGGUUCUUGUGAUUCUUGUAUUUUCUUUGUUGUUUCUGAUUUUUGACUUUCUAUUGCUAGAAACAUUAAAUGAUUUCUUCUUGAAUAUCUGUAAAAUAGAUAAAAGUAAUCUGACUUUAUACUUAGAUGAAAGAAAAACUCUCCAUGUUCAAACCCUGAUUCUUCUUAGCUUGACCUAUUUCGUCCCUAUUGUUUUGUCUCUGACCUCAUUGCUGCUUUUAUUUCUGUCCUUGGUAAGACACACCAGAAAUUUGCGGCUCAACUUGAUGGGCUCGAGGGACUCCAGCAUACAGGCCCAUAAAAGGGCCAUGAAAAUGAUGAUGUCUUUCCUCUUCCUUUUCAUAGUUCAUUGUUUUUUCACACAAUUGACAAAUUGGACACUUUUUAUAUUUUGGAAGAACAGGUUCACAAAGUUUGUCAUGUUAGCAGUAUAUACCUUUCCUUCAGGUCACUCAUUUAUUUUGAUUCUGGGAAACAACAAGCUAAGACAGACAGCCUUGAAGGUACUAUGGCAUCUUAAAAGCUCCUUAAGAAGAGAAAAUUCGUUAGCUUUACGGAGUAGACUUUCCAGAGCCUUUUCAAAGAUAAUAACUUAAU